AUGAAAACAACGCCCGAUCAAAUGGCCUGCAAAAAGGGUGAAGCUUUCCCACGUGGAUCAACACAUGGCACGGCCCGGAAGACUGUCGAAAUUUUACCCGCAGCGCAACUUCUUGAACGGCUCCUUCUCGAGUAUCGAGAACAUCAUCUCUCCAGUAGUCACCUAGCCCCUUUGGAUAUUCGUAUUCUGACUGGAGCGCAAUUUUUAACUGCUCUGGAGGACUAUUUCGACGAGAAUGUUACAAAAUAUGCAGACGAAGCACUGCAUGCCGGCGUCCCAUCUACCGUUACCGGAAUAUACCGAAGCGACCGCAAGCCAGAGAAGUCCAAACACCUGGAGGUUGGCACCACCCAUAUUUUCGUUCAGUUUGCGACUUCUGCGGAAGACACGUUUCGUCGAGACACCACAAUUAAUGCUUUACUUCACAAUGUGGACAGUCAGCAAAUAGAGAAUUAUAUGAUGAAGGGGCUGCAGGACCUGGUUGCUGGGAUCCUCCGCACCUCGUUGGACCCAUGUCAGACAUUCGUAGAUGACCCCCUCGGGAUAUUGCGGUCGGUCAGAUUUGCUAGCGGGCUUGGAUUUGAAAUUGAGGAGCCGCGGGAGUCGGUAAAAAAUCCCAAGAUUCAUGCAGAGUUUCAGCGAAAGUUAGCCGUGAGCGUGUUUGGGCGGAGGUUGAGAAGAUAA